AUGCCGGAGCGGAGUGCGGGACAGCCGGGAGGGGCGGCGCGGCACACGGAGGGUCCGGCCAGCGCCUGCGGCUGCUGCUGGCAGUGCGGGCGCGGCGAGGGCGAGGCGUGCGGCGGCGGCGGGGCUGCGGGGGGACGCUGCGGGCCCGGCCUCGAGUGCGUCAAGAGCCGCCAGCGCCGCAAGGCCAAGGGCGGCCCCGCGCUCCCCGCCGCCGGCCCGCCCGGAGUGUGCCUCUGCAAGAGCCGCUACCCGGUGUGCGGCAGCGACGGGCUCACCUACGGCAGCGGCUGCCAGCUCCGCGCCGCCAGCCUGCGCGCCCAGAGCCGCGGCGAGCCCGCCAUCAGCCAGCGCAGCAAGGGAGCCUGCGAGCAAGGACCCUCCAUUGUGACUCCUCCUAAGGACAUCUGGAAUGUGACAGGAGCACAAAUCUACCUGAGCUGUGAAGUCAUUGGCAUCCCAACCCCUGUCCUCAUCUGGAACAAGAUAAUUCGAGGCCAGUAUGGUGUCCAGAGGAUGGAGCUUCUGCCUGGGGACCGGGAGAACUUGGCUAUCCAGACCCGCGGGGGCCCUGAGAAACACGAAGUGACUGGCUGGGUGCUGAUAUCUCCUCUGAGCAAAGAGGAUGCUGGGGAAUACGAGUGCCAUGCAUCAAAUGCCAAAGGAGAGGCAACAGCUUCUGCAAAAAUCCAYGUUGUGGAAACUCUGCAUGAAAUAGCCCUGACCAAAGAUGAUGGUGCAGAGCUGUGAUGUGAGGACUUUCACUUACGCACAGUUUUAAAUUAGUAUUUUGGAAAGCUGCAAGCUCUGGCUUUUUCUUGCUGACUAAUCAUUCCCUCUUAACUCCCUUUUUCUYUGAGCCCCAAUUUGCUUGCACACUUCUUUCAUAGAUACACAAAAUAGAUUCACAAGUUUGAUUACAAAUUUUAAUUCUAUUUACAGGAAAUAAACAUACUUUUGAACAGCACACAACAGAUGAGUAAAACUGUAUUUUGAAUGCAACGUACACAAAAUGAAACAAAACCUGAGCACUUUAGUCUCAUGAUUAAAAAAAGGAGCCCUUUUAAAGGCUAAACACUCAUCAUACGAGGUGCAAUACUCAUAGACAUCAGUUCCUGGAAGAGGAGUUUGCAGGCAUAGGGCAUUCGCACCAAAGAUAUCUGGAAAGAGAUUUCAAAAGUCUUGUAAUAAACAAGCAUAAAGCAUCAACUUCUACCAUCCUCUACAGAAACAACUUGUUGAGUUUUUGGCUUAAAAGCAGAUCYGGAGUUAUGCAUGAAAGCAUUUAACAAUAAUUGCUCACAGACAGUACCAAAGCAUGAAGGAAGCCCAGACUGUCUGCAGAGGCUGCACAGCAGCUCUCCAGAAGACAUUUUUAAUGUGAAAGUGGAGCCAACAGAUCUGAUCCUAAACAAGAGCCAUUUAACACAGAACAUGUGCAGAGUAGAGUGUGCCUGAGGUGCAUAAAUGCGGGUAGGGUUUCCAGCACACAUCACUUUGUAACCCCAGUGCUGUUGUUAAGAGUUGCAGCAGUCAGCCCCUGGCACAAAAACAAGUCUGUUCAAGGCAACUAUUUUUAUCUCUGCCACYAUUCUCCCUUGACAUAGUUCUGUAACCAAGCAUGCGCUGCAAAGCUUUUAAUAAAUUAAAAAAAACACCAAAGUGCAACACAAAAGACCUCCCGUGGGGACCCAGCUCUGCAAGCAUAAAUAUCUUCAUGGGACAGUCACAAGGGCGAUGCCUCUAAAUUCCUGUGAUUCUGAGUUUUACUUCUAAAAAUAAGCUCUCAAGCAUUUAAAGUCUCUGAAAAACCUGCACUGUAAAAUACUUCAACAGCAUUUCCUGCCAAGCAACAAGCCAACAUUAUAAAAUUAAUAAGGAAGCAUCCAAACUGACUACAACACUAUAAACACUUAAAACAGUUAUGAAACWAAAAUAGCAAUUGUUCUGGUGCUUCUUUAAAUAUUUACUUCCCUAUCAUCCUGCUUCACACAAGUGSCAUUUCCUCUUGCCCACAAGGUAAAACAAUGGCAGACAAAAACCACACGUACCUGAGUUUUAUUACGGCACCCUCGGCAUUCRUAGGUGUGAGUCCUCGUGUUUGCAAUUGCCAUGAUUCCACAGAGGUUACACACAUGGACUUGGUAUGGGUCUGAAGCUUCAAACAAUCUUUCUCUCAAGAACUGGGCUGCUCCAUGAGCAAUCUGGCAAUCUCGUUCCAUUUCUCCAAAGCGAAGGCCACCAUCACUAAAAGGAAGAGAAGAAAYCAACUUUUGAGUUCAUUGGCAAAAUUAUCAGCUCUUGGUGGAGAAAGCAAGAGGAAAGCUGUGCAUUAAUUUUCCUCUAACACCUCACAAUAAAACUGUGAAAGCAGUAUUUUUUAACUGCUGCUGAGCAUUUCUAUUGCAGGUGUCUGACAGCCACAGCCCAACUUCCCAGCAUAAUGAAGUAUACAAUUAAGUCAUCCUCUGAUUAUCUGUGGUGGGUUUAAUCUUGGCUGUCAGAUGCCCACCAAGCAGUUCUCUGACUCYCCAGCAUGUCGACAGGACAUAGGGAGAAAGUAAGACUGAAAAGGUCAUGAGUGGAAAUAAARCCAGGUGGAUUGCUUAUCAAUUACUAUCACAGGCAAAACAGAUUCAGCAUGGGGAAAAUGAGUUUAUCCAAAGACAAAACUAAAAAAUUCACCUCCCCAACUUUCUUCCCAGGCUUACUUCACUCCUUCACUCCCAACUCCUUCCUCCCCUCCCUGUGAUGACAGGGAGAAUGGGGGUUGCAGUCAGUGCAUCACACAGGCUGCUCCUUACUCCUCACCGUUUUAUCCUGCUCCAGCAUGUGGUCCCUCCCAUGGGAUAGUCCUUUACAAACUGUUCCAGCACGGGCCCUUCCCACAGAAUACAAUCCUUCAGGAACAGAUUGCAGCAGCAGGGGUCCCUCACAGAUCAUACCUCCUGCCAGGAGCCUGCUCCAGUAUGGGCUUUGCACAGGCUGCAGGGCAGUUCUUGUUGCAUUUCCUCACUUUUCUCUCACAGCUGCAGCUCAGCAUUUUUUAACCUUUCUUAAAUAUAUUCCCACAGAGGUGCCACCAGCACCUCUGCUGGGCUCAGGCCAGCUCUAAGUGGCUGUGUCCAGCACAGGGCAAGCACAUGUCCUUUCUCAGAGGCCACCCCAGCAGCACCUCCUGGCACCUGCACCCAAUACACCAUCUUAAGCCAAACACAUGAAAAAAUGGGCRGCUAUUUGGGCUCAGCUAAGUUCUAGCUGCAAAGCUAAAGCAACUAUUUGUUCACGGCUAAAAAUCUGACAGAAAAAGAAAACACUGUAGAGAAAGUAACACACAUCCUUACCGAGAUCUGCCUUCCAUGGGCUGCCUGUUAAGGAUCUGGAUUGGCCCUCGUGCACGAGAAUGGAUUUUGUCAUCUACCAUGUGCUUCAAACGCUGGUAAUAGGUAGGACCAAUGAAGAUCUGGGAUGUGAUUUUUCGACCAGUGAAGCCAUUGUAGAGGACCUAAAGAAGUCAACGCAGUCAGAGUCGUGAGCCUUACUACUCAUCAAAUGUGUAUUAAAAAUUACAAUGAA